GUCUUAUCAGCGAACUCUUAUCUUCAUCGAUAAGCCAGUCAUCUAUGAGCUUCGUCAAAGUGAAAAGUGUCCUCAUUUAGAUUGAUUCAAUAAUUGAUAUUUUUCUUCUUUUUUUUUACCAUAUAGAUUCCUAUUUUGUGAUAUCUUCAACUUCUCUUGUGAAUACAUACGGCAAGGAUGCCAUUUUGUAGUGAUCUAUGCAGCGGAAUAAUCGGAAAUUUCAGAAACUGUAUGACAACCCCUUUAACACGAAAGAAGAUAUUGAUAAUCAGUGGAGUAGUUCUAACCAUUAUUCUGAUUAUUGUCAUCAUAGCUGUUUCUGUUCCUAGUGCAACUGCAGAUCCCCAGGGCAGAGAUGCCCUUAAUUAUGUACCAUUCGUUGAAGGGAACUCUGAUUUCAAAACCUACAUGACUUCAAAUUUCUCCGUCUCAAAUUAUAACUAUAACGAUCACUUUAAGGAAAAGACCAUAGGAGCACAGGUAAUCACCACCUCAGUGGCUUGCCAAGCACAAUUCCAUGACGCCGUUUCCCAGACAAUUGACCAACUGGAUUUCAUAAAACGGUUGGUGGAUGGAUCCAAAAUUAUGAAGAUUGCACAUAGUGCCGAAGAGAUAAAAGCGAACAAAGCCAAUAAUCAGCGCAGUAUCGUAUUGGCUAUUGGAGGAGGCCAUUCGUUAGAUAACAGAUUAUCAACUUUAAGAAACUACUUUAACCAAGGAGUCCGUAUUGUCAGUUUGGCAUCCAUCGAUUGCACAAAUCCCUGGGCUAAAUCUGCAAGUGGAGAUAAAGAUAAUAUUUUCGCAACUGGAGAUUUUAUAAAAGCAGUUGUAGCGGAAAUGAAUCGAUUGGGUAUUGCCAUCGACUUAGCCGGAUCUGACAAAACAAUUCAGACAGCAGUGAUCGACAUAUCAAAAGCUCCAGUUGUCUUCAGAGGAGUUGGAUUUAACAGCUUAGUUAAAAAUGACUUUAACCUUGAUCCAGAUAUCUUGGAGAAAUUGAAAAAUAAUGGGAGCUUGGCAAUGCUCUCUUUAGAUUGUGCCCUCUUUGAUAAAGGAGACGAUUGCAGUAAGAAGGAUUUCAUAGAAUUUCUAAAAACAGCUAAAUCGAAGUUAGGAGCUGCAAAUAUUGGUAUCGGAGGACUCGUAUACGCCAAUGCAAAAAUGCCGAAGGAUCUGACUUAUAACGAUAUCCCAAGCCUAUUUGACGAGCUUAUGAAUAAUGGUUGGACAAUUUCUGAACUUGAAUUUUUAGCAGGAAACAGCUUCAUAAAUUUACUUCAAAGAGUAGAAACGGCUGCAAAAUAUCUGGCUAAUCAAACACCGAAUGAACAAUUAUUCGACAUGAACCUGAUAAAACAAAAGGAUUGCUACACCGCCCAACCGAACCCGAGCCCGCAACCAGAGCCAACAACAAAAGCAACACCAACAGAACCAACAAAACCAACACCAGAACCUACAAAGGAACCUACAAAAGAACCUACAACAGAGAAACCCAAAAAACCAUAACAGCAUAGAUAUUCGAUACAUUUAAUUAAAUGAUCAUAUUACUCAUUUGAAAGAUGUGUAUUCCAGUGAAAUAAAUGUGUAGGAACACUUCCUGUAGAAAUAUAAUUUUAAAAUGUGCCACGCGAUGGAUAAAACUGAUAAAUCGAUUUUAUUGUGCCUACAUAAGUGGUGUUGUUGAUGAAUGUUUUCAAAAUAACAUUGCACUAGUCAAUUGAUUAUUAUUUAUUACUUAGAAUUCAGCUUAUGAUUUCUUAAGUUUUUUAAAUGAUUUUGUGUUUGAGUUUGAUUGAAAAGUUUAAAUUAUCUUUUGAUUUUCUGUGUCAAAAAAUGUUUUUAUUGGUAUCAAAACUAAAAAUGAAAAAAAAAAAAAUAGAGGGGUGCAUAUUAAUAAUUCAAUAAAAUUAAGUACACAUUUGUUAUACUAUAAUUAAUUUUACAUUUAAUAGUCACUUCGACUUGAAAAAAAAUCAGUUAAAACAUUGUAAUAGAAAGAUAUUCAACUCAUAAUUGAAGUAAUAUCAAUGUGUAUUUUCGUCGUUUUUUUUUUUUAUUGUCGUCUUAUAAAUAAUAUAAAUUCCAACAAGACGUUACUCAAUUUUUACUAUAGUGAGUUAUUUAUUUAACUAGAUUAAUUGCAUCGCGACCGAUCGAAUGGUAAGUAUGGAUAUGCCAAAUAUUUAUUUUUAAAACGUUUCGAAGUUGAAAUAUGCCAUAAAUUUUAAGAAUGAAGACAAUAGCAACGAAAUUAGCAUUAUUUAUUAACUCAGUAAAGUGAUGAAAAUUGAGUUUGGCAGUGUUAGAAUUUAUUUGACGAAAUACCCAAUUAACGAAAUUAAUUUUAUUGUAAUUAUUAAGAAAAUAAAGAUUUUUUUAUUAAUUGGUGCUUAA